UAACGUGGAAAGCGGAGAAGCCGAAGACGAAGGAAACGCGACAGGACAGGACAACGUUGGGAAGUGUUCACAACACGGGUCUAUUCACUUAUUGCUAUUAAUCAUUGCUAUUCCGAGAUAUCUUUUCUCCUGGAUCACGUCACUGCGCGAUUAUUGACGCGUGGGGCGUCUCUUUAUCGGACGAACUUGCAACACUUCGCGACGCCAUUGAGAUCACGGCGCCGGGAUGCCGCCCAAGUACACCAUGUCCGAUUCAGAGUCCGAGUCCGACAAGUCCACGCCAGAAGUCCUGUCGGAUGAGAAGCUGGAGAAAGGUCUACGGGACACAGUUGCGAAUAUAUACAAGACGGGGAAUUUAGACGAAUUGACAGUAAAGAGAGUGCGACUUGCGACGGAGAAGGCGCUCGGACUGGACGAGGGUUUCUUCAAGGGUGAUGCGCGCUGGAAGUCUAAGAGUGAUGAGAUUAUUAAGAAUGAAGUAGAACUACAGGAGAGUAACCAGGAAGAGAAGAGGGAGGAAGACGACGAAGAAGAGGCGUCACCGAUUCCACCUGCAAAGGCGCAAGCACCGACCAAGAAGGCGAGAGACGCGAAACGUGGGAAGUCAGAAGAUGCUUUCAAACCCAGGAAGCGUCGCAAGACUAGCACACCUGCAGAAUCAGAGGAGCCUUCUGCUGGAUCUAGCGACGAAGAUGGAGAACCAGUGAAGCAACCCGGAAAGAAAGUCGUCAAGAAAGCAACAAAUAAAAAACAAUCAGACGCCGUUACCAAGGAUGAUAUGUCAGACGAGUCUGAUACGGCGCCCAAGGCGCAAACCAACGAGUCUUUAGAGCCUGGUGCAGACAAGGAAGCAUCCGACAGCGAGAUGUCCGUCGUCCUGGAUGAAGAACCACCGCCAAAGAAGAUGCGCCAGAAGAGCGCAAAGGCUGAAUCGACGGGGAAGAAAGGCAGGAAACCAGCUGCUCCCAAGAAGAAGGAUGCAGAUCUGGACCCAGACCAGGCAGAGAUUAAGCGUCUGCAAGGAUGGCUGCUCAAGUGCGGAAUCCGAAAGAUGUGGUUCCGGGAGCUGGCUCCCUACGACACACCCAAAGCCAAGAUCAAGCAUCUGAAGGACAUGCUGAAAGAGGCAGGCAUGGAGGGUCGCUACUCUCUGGAGAAGGCCAAGCAAAUCCGUGAAGAGAGGGAGCUCAAGGCUGAUCUCGAAACGGUGCAAGAGGGAGCUAGGCGUUGGGGUACAGGGAGCGCAGGCGAAGAGAGCGAUGAUGGCCAACCUAAAAGACGAGCAGCGCGAGGACGAACAGUCCUGGCGUUCCUCAGCGACGACGGCGAAGAAACAGACUGAUCGACCCAUCACUGCUCUAUAUAUUCCUCGGGGUGUCCAUUCUCGAAUACCCGCAUUGUAUCACUAGCUUCUCAUGAGAUUAAUUAUAACGAGUAAAAGAAUGGUCGUAAAUGGUUUUCUUUUCCACGUAGCAUGGGACUUCGACGUAUCA